GAAAAAUGUAAAGGAUAAGUCCGUAUUCUUCUUUAUCUAACCUAAAAUAAGAAAGAUUGGACGGAGAUUGCAAAAUUAUGCCAUCCAAUCAAAUGAUCCAAUUGGGGAUUUGGGGGUCAACCAUUGAUACCAAUGGUCAAACUACCGAUUCCGACCUCUGCGCGAUCACACUCCGCCGUCCGCACAACCGUGUGAAGACUGAAGAAUCGACCGGCCAAGACUGACAUGAAUCGCUUUAUGUUCAUCUCUAUCUUAAUUUAGGAUUUAAGAACGGGUUUAGACUUCAGAUUUAGGGUACAACUUUUGGUAUCUAUCUGUAGUUUUGUUAACGAGGGAAAUACAGCGCGAUGCGGUAAUUAUUAUAUUUCUUUAAAAACCCUUUGGAUUUGGGUGUAUACGAAGAAGUUACGAACUCUUCUCCGACCUUCCGGCGCCCCCAAUUCAUCUCACUCCUCUGAGGCAUUUCAACAUUCAGAAUGCGGGUUUCAUCCGUGCCGCAAGAACCCACUAAACAGAUGGGUUAUGCAUCUAAAUUGGGCACCUUUGUGUUUGAUUACUCUCAGAAGUCCAUCUCCUCCAACUUUGCUUCCGGCAAUCUUUCGUUUAACUACUUGUACUGUGAUGAUUUGGGGAGAAGAGGCUGUGUAAGUCAGCAGAAACGUCGUGUAUUGUGUUUGAGCACUAAGGGAAGUGCUUCUGCAAGGGUUGGAAGGCUGCUCAAUCUGUUCAACAGAGCUAUUGGGUUUCAUUGUGAGAAAAUCCCUCUUGGGUUUGCAUCAAUUCAAUCUGGUUCUGCGGAGAGUAAUGGGUUUGCAGGGGAUGGUAAUGGGGUGUUGGAGGAUGAGGGAAUCCCCAUUGCCGGGGCUGAAGGGGGUGCUCCAAAGAAGGUGCUGAUUUUAAUGAGUGAUACAGGAGGGGGCCACAGGGCAUCAGCUGAGGCCAUCAAGGCAGCCUUUAGUCAAGAAUUUGGUGAAAAGUACCAGGUGAUUGUAUGUGAUCUAUGGACGGAACAUACUCCAUGGCCAUUUAACCAAUUACCCAAAAGUUACAGUUUCUUGGUUAAACAUAGUUCUUUGUGGAGAAUGACUUAUUAUGCUUCUGCUCCCCGUGUUAUUCAUCAGUCCAACUUUGCUGCUACCUCAACUUUUAUUGCAAGGGAAGUUGCAAAAGGUCUUAUGAAAUAUAAACCUGAUAUUAUUAUCAGUGUACAUCCUCUUAUGCAACACGUGCCACUUCGUAUCUUGCGGUCGAAAGGUCUCUUGAACAAGAUUGUAUUUACUACAGUUGUGACAGAUUUAUGCACUUGCCAUCCAACAUGGUUUCACAAGCUUGUAACAAGGUGCUAUGCACCUUCAGAUGAGGUAGCACAUCGGGCAAUUAAAGCUGGUCUUCGGUUUUCUCAAAUCAAAAUCUUUGGCCUUCCAGUGCGGCCAUCCUUUGUGAAACCUAUUCGGCCGAAGGCUGAAUUGAGGGAUGAGCUUGGUAUGGAUGAACAACUUCCUGCUGUACUUCUAAUAGGUGGUGGUGAAGGGAUGGGGCCUAUUGAGGCUACAGCUCGUGCACUUGGAAAGGCACUGUAUGAUGAAAGACUUGGGGAACCAACAGGUCAGAUCCUCAUAAUCUGUGGACGCAAUAAGAAGCUUGCCGCCAAAUUGCUUUCCAUUGACUGGAAAGUUCCAGUCAAGGUGAAGGGAUUCGUCACUAAAAUGGAAGAGUGCAUGGGUGCUUGUGAUUGCGUUAUAACUAAGGCUGGUCCUGGGACUAUCGCUGAAGCCAUGAUUCGAGGACUCCCUAUAAUUUUAAACGACUACAUUGCCGGACAGGAAGCGGGAAAUGUGCCGUAUGUUGUGAACAACGGUUGCGGGAAAUUCUCAAAAGUACCAAAAGAGAUUGCCAACAUAGUCGCCCAGUGGUUUGGUUCUAGAAGACAUGAACUGGAAGCCAUGUCUCGUAAUUGUCUUAGGAUGGCCAGGCCAGAAGCUGUAUUUAAGAUUGUCCGAGAUAUGGAUGAGCUUCUCACUGAAAGAAGUUUUGUGCCCGAGUAUUGCCCGGCUUAAUUUAUCAAACACUUUUUGGUCGGAUCGGGUAAUAACUUUAGAUAGAAUAUUAUAGAUUUGAUUCCUGACCCGAUGUAUUGUCUUAAAAGCAUAAAAACUCAAUGGUAAUUAAAAGUGUUGUGAUUUUGAACAUUGUUAUGUCAUGUGAAUUGGUUGCCAAGGCCUAGAGAGAUUUGAAA